AUGUUCCUUAUUAACUGGAUUUGGGACUUUCUGGCCUCGCUCGGCCUGACGAACAAGCAUGGCAAGCUCCUGUUCCUGGGCCUUGACAACGCCGGCAAGACGACCCUGCUGCACAUGCUCAAGAAUGACCGUGUCGCGAUUCUGCAGCCGACGCUGCAUCCGACCUCGGAGGAGCUGACCAUUGGCAACGUGCGCUUCACCACAUUUGAUCUGGGUGGUCACCAGCAGGCCCGCCGCCUCUGGAAGGAUUACUUCCCUGAAGUGAAUGGCGUUGUCUUCCUCGUCGACGCCAAAGACCACGAGCGGUUCCCCGAGGCCAAGGCCGAGCUCGAUGCUCUGCUGGCCAUGGAGGACCUGGCCAAGGUGCCCUUCGUCAUCCUGGGUAACAAGAUCGACCACCCGGAUGCCGUCUCCGAGGACGAGCUGCGUCACCACCUUGGCCUGUACCAAACCACCGGCAAGGGCAAGGUUCCGCUUGAGGGCAUCCGUCCCAUCGAGGUUUUCAUGUGCUCCGUGGUUAUGCGCCAGGGAUAUGGUGAGGCCAUUAGGUGGCUGUCGCAUCCCAUUGGCUCGCCUCUUGGACGUUAUUCUGCUGUCUUUGAUCUGAGCAGCGUCAAAAUCCUAAGGAACUCCUAUGGUUUUGCCCCCGAGGAGUUCGACCCCACCCUCCUGCCCGACGUCGACAUCGAGUUCGUCCAGCCCGACCAUCUGGACGCCUUCUCCCGCGCCCUGGCUGCCCCCUCCGGCGCCAGCGGCAACUCCUCCGCCCCCGCUUGUUCUUCGAGAGUCCCCGCCACGGGGGAGGUCCAGCGAGAAGGCGAGUUGGCGCCAGUCCUACAAGCACCGGCUCCGUCUCCGGCGGAGAUGUACGAGGACCCGAUCCUCGGUCUCCGGCGCCAGCGUCACUAUCGUCCCAGGCAGCCCAGGCGCCCGAGCAUCGACGACGUGCGCGCCAGCUUGGGCCACAGCUUGCUCAGAUGGCCGCUGUUGGUCUUGGUGCUCGCCUACUUGGCCUUACUUUGCGCCGCCUACUCAGCCACGCGGGCCUUAAUCCGGCUCACCGAGGUGUGGAGGAUCUGGGGGAACGCCGCACGCCUUAGGCGGGAAAUGGCCCGUGCCAGGACUUACCAGGAGUGGGUUCAUCUGGCUGUGGCCAUGGACCACAUCCUGGGGCUGGAGGACUGGAAGUGGCGGGAGGAGAGCCGGCUUUACGACGCCGGCACGGUGAAGGAAGUGGUCCUGGGGCUGGACGUGGCCCUCCCGCGAGCCCGAGGGGGGGAGCCAGGCGCCCUGGAGGAAGUUCGGCGCCUGGUAGAAGCGUGUGUGAAGAGGGAUUUUGCCGGCGUUGAGAACGCGAGGAUAUACUCGCGUACCCACGUUGGCACAAAGAAGCUCGUGGAGAGGUUUGUAGAUCAGGUCGAGGAAAGUCUUAACCUGCUCGCCUCGACUGGCUCCAUCCCAGCGCUAGAAAAGCGCGCCUUUUUCAAACGCCUCAGCGCCAACUACGGGCGCACCGCCCUGUGCCUCUCCGGAGGGGCAACCUUCGCUUACCACCACUUUGGCGUGGUGCGUGCCCUGUUGGAGGAAGACGUGCUGCCCGACAUCAUCACGGGCACCUCUGGCGGGGCGCUGGUCGCAUCGCUUGUCGGCACGCGCACCGAUGACGAGCUGCGCCAGCUGCUGGUUCCUGCUCUGGCCACGCGCAUCACUGCAUGCGCAGACUCCUUGUACGUCUGGCUCAUCCGGUGGUGGCGUACAGGUGCCCGCUUCGAUCCCGUGGAGUGGGCGCGCCUGUGCUCGUGGUGGACGCGCGGAAGCCUAACCUUCCGCGAGGCGUACGAGCGCACAGGGCGCAUCCUCAACAUCUCGUGCGUCCCGGCAGAUGACCCGCACAGCCCGCCCUUGCUGUGUAACUAUCUUACUGCUCCAGACUGCGUCAUCUGGAGCGCGGUCCUCGCGUCGGCCGCCGUCCCCGGACUCCUCCCGCCUGUUGUGCUCAUGAACAAGAAUCUGCACACGGACGAGCUCACCCCCUUCUCGCUUGGGACCCGUUGGCGCGACGGGUCGUUGAGGACCGACAUCCCCCUCCGAGCCCUCAACAACCUGUUCAACGUCACCUUUUCCGUGGUGUCCCAAACCAACCCGCACAUCAACACCUUCUUCUUUCCGGCGCGCGGCAGCGUCGGGCAGCCGGUUGCACACCGCCAGGGGCGCGGUUGGCGCGGCGGCUUUCUGCUAUCGGCCCUCGAACAUAUCAUCCGACUGGACCUCCACAAAUGGCUGCGCUUCCUGCGCUCCAUGGACAUCCUGCCCCGCUGGCUUGGGCAAGAUUGGAGCAACCUGUGGCUCCAGAGCGCGCUGUUGGGAACCAUCACGGUCUGGCCGGCUGGCGGGCACAUCAGCGAUUACUUCAACAUCCUGACGGACCCGGAUGCCGAGCGGCUGGCCCGAAUGAUCCGUGACGGCAUGUUGACUAUGUGGCCAGCCAUCCACUUCAUCCGGAACCGUCUGCGCGUUGAGCGUGCGGUUGAGAGGGGGAGGGGAUUAUGCCGGGACUGA